AUGAACCAGCCCUUUAAGAAGUCGUCUGCAGAUGACAUGUGGCGUGACUUGCGCGAGCUCGGAGCGAAGGGUCUGUCCGUGCUGCUAUUCCUCAGUGCGACCCUGGGGCUCAUUUCCGUCAUCCUGUCGAUCAUGCUGCUGGUACAUAUGAGCUUCUACGUGCAUGACCCAGAUGACCUUCUGUACUUUGUGCUCCUCCACAGAGACAGUCUGGUGGACGUAAGCCUCAUCUUGUGCCUGGUGACCGCCGGGAUCUCUAUUCCGCUUGCCGUCUUUGUCACUCUAGAGGAGCCUGUAAUGUCUAUCACAUUCUGGCCAGUCGCGCUGCUUCUGAUCGCGGUGCUUCUCUUCUACCUGCGCUCCUUGUUCUGGCUAUCCCGACGCGAUCAUGCCAAGGCCUUCAUCGAGCUCGUUUCUGCCGCCUACGACCAGCACCAGAAGGAGCCGAAAGCUGAAGAAAGGUCGGAGGAAAAGCCCGAAGAAGUGAAAGCUUCAAAGGGCGAUGACGACCUCCACGAGUCGACUAUGUAG